AUGUCGGCGGGCGUGCGCAGACGCCAAGCAGCUGGCGUAAAAGCAGAAGCUCCCUCGGUCGCCGUAGUAGCCGCUCCAGCUCGCGGAGAUGAGGAGGUGGGCAUGGCGUCGGCCUCGAGGCUCUCCGCCUGCCUCAAGCUGCUGGCGGCUGCCUUCUACGGCUUCAGCUCUUUCCUCAUCGUGAUGGUGAACAAGAGCGUCCUCACCAGCUACGGAUUUCCUUCCUCGCUCUGUGUGGGACUAGGCCAGAUGCUGGCUACCGUAGUUGUCCUUUGGGUGGGAAAGGCACUCAGGGUGGUCAAGUUUCCAGAUUUUGAUAGACAUAUACCUCGAAAGACUUUUCCACUACCUCUUCUCUAUUUUGGGAACCAAAUCACAGGACUGUUCAGCACAAAGAAAUUGAAUCUGCCAAUGUUUACAGUCCUGAGACGUUUUUCCAUUUUGUUUACAAUGUUUGCAGAAGGAAUCUUACUCAAGAAAACAUUUUCUUGGGGAAUUCGGAUGACAGUAUUUGCAAUGAUAAUUGGUGCAUUUGUAGCUGCAAGUUCUGAUUUGGCAUUUGAUCUAGAAGGAUAUAUUUUUAUCUUGAUCAAUGAUGUCUUGACAGCUGCAAAUGGUGCUUAUGUAAAACAGAAGCUAGAUUCAAAGGAGCUGGGAAAAUAUGGUCUCCUUUAUUACAAUGCACUAUUCAUGAUUUUUCCUACUCUGGGCAUUGCCUACUUUACAGGAGAUGCACAAAAGGCAAUGGAAUAUAAAGGUUGGGCAGAUACCCUUUUCCUUGCACAAUUUACACUCUCCUGUGUGAUGGGGUUUAUUCUGAUGUAUUCAACAGUACUUUGUACUCAGUAUAACUCUGCCCUUACAACUACAAUAGUUGGCUGUAUUAAGAAUAUAUUAAUAACUUACAUAGGAAUGUUCUUUGGAGGAGAUUAUAUUUUCACAUGGACAAAUUUUGUAGGAUUAAAUAUUAGUAUUGCUGGAAGCCUUGUAUAUUCCUACAUCACUUUUACAGAAGAACAAAUAAGUAAACAGUCUGAAGUUAGCAUCAAGAUGGACAUUAAAGGGAAAAGCUCUGUAUGACAAAAGGCAUGCUUACCACAGUUAGCUUUCACUUUUUAGCAAGAUGUGUUGACAAAUCACUGUAGUAUGCAGUCUCUGAAUGGAAUUGAUUGGCUACUUCGUAUUUGCACAAUCUGAAGAUUGCCACAUUUGGAAUCAAUUAUUUAUACUGGACUGCACAUAUGAUGAAUAGAUUGCAAGGAACUAUGUAUGUGGUGAAAUGGGGUUAAUAAUCUCAAAUGCAGCAAAAGUGUUGCUGGUCAAGAUUGGGCACAGCAAGAAAAUGUAUCAUUGAAAUCAAGCAAGCCUAUUGUUCAGGCUGUCGUGGUUUGGGCUUGUUGAGCCCUCCAACUUUAACUGCAUUUUCCUUGAAGUCACGCAAUCUGUAUGAAUGAAAUGUAGUUCCUACAUCUUGUUGCAUGAAGGUGUGUAUAAAGAAGUUACUCUGAGCUGCAGUUUAUGGGGAAGGUAGUAGACCUACAUUCACAAUCAACCGAACUGUUAUCCAAGCAAAAGUGUGACUUGCCAAUGACACAUCUUUUUUUUUUCUCCUGAACCUAGUGAAGCACUUUUAAGUGUGUGUUACACAUUGUUUGGGUAUCUUGGUCAGAAUUGUUUUUAAACCUUUAUAGACUUAUCAGUACCUGUUAACAGAUAAAGAACAGAUAAAUGUUCUGAAGAGUAAGGUUUUUAAAUGCAGUUUUCUCCUGAAGAAAUGAGAAAAGCAAACUACAGUGCUAAAAUGUGGGUGUUUUUUCUCCAGUAAAAGGUUUUCUUUUAUUUACUUAGUUUUUUUCUAUGCAAUCAGUGUCCUUUUUUUAAAUUGUCACUGUUUUUUUUAAAGACUAUAGCUUUUUAAAAGACUGUUAUAAAUGAGAGUUUGCCCUUUGGUGAUUUAAGUGUUUUGAAAUGCACAUUUAUUUCUGGAAAAAUACAAUUUUGCAAAAGUUUAUUGAAGCUUUUUGGACAUAGAAAAGCAUGCUGUUGGAAGUUAAACCCCCAGUCUAUCAACUCUAGCUUCCUUUUUGAAGUUGGUUCAUAUAUCAUGCUAAAUCAUUUAACAGGCCCCUUCCAUUUUUAAGAAAGUGAAGUCCUGGAUGUUCACGUUGAUGUGGUAGGAGCUGUUUUCAAAGGAGCCUCACCAGCCUUGCAAAUGUAUGUUUGAGGUUUUCAUAUUGUUGCAAUCCAGAAAAUUCUGAAUUUUAAGGAGCUAUCUAUCUGUCAAAUUCAGACCAUGUUUGAAAAAUGGCUCAAAGCAAAAUAUUCUGCUGAAUGAAAUCCAGUUUGCUUUUCACUAAGGAAAACCUAGCUUCAGUUUAUUUGACUCACUGAACA